AUGGCGACCAUGGCGCCAUCCCAAACACCCGGGUGUCAUGCGACGCGCGCGGCGCUGCGACGGGACGGCGCGCCGGGAGCGGUGCGCGGGUAUAGAUUCGUGAAUCGACCCGAUGUGAAUGGGGAUACCGAUGCGGUAGAUCAACAAAUGGCGGGAUUCGUGUCGGAGGCGGGGCCGUUCGACGCGGAUCCGGUGCUGAAGGCGGCGGAGCGGGAAAUUUUGAGCGCGACGAAGGCGCAGAGACGCGCGGCGGCGGAGCGUGGAGCGUUGUUGGAACACGGGUAUGGGGCAAUGCUUGGAACGGGAAGUGGGUCGAUGGGGAAUUUGGGCAUGCUCACGGCGUCAGGUGGAAGCGACGACGACGACAAGGCGUCGACGCAGAGCGUGGCCUACUUGAGCGGCGACGCCGCGUCGAACCGGUCGUACUCCCCGUUCGACGUCACCCUGGAUGAAGCCGCGGAGAACUUGCUGUGUGAAUUCGGCGCACCGAUUAUGGACGGCGCCAUCGGUCUCAUCGAUGACGAAGGCGCUGAAAUUUUCGUCGAGCACAACGCGCCGCCGCUCUCGUCUUGGAUGAGCAACGGCAAUUUGUGCGGUCUCGUCGCGCCGAAUGAUCACGAGCCCGAGUGGGCUUCGGGUGGUGGCGCGCACGGCGCGUAUGCGCACGUCCCAGCUGUGAUCGAUUUCGGUGUUCCAGGGCACACCGAGGUUGAAUCCAUCGCCUCUCUGCGCGGGCAGUAUCGCGCUCUCUUCGGCAAGGACACCAACUCAAACAAUAGACAGUGGAUCCUUAAGCGACUCGAAGCGUUCAGAAAUGGCGACGACUUCACGCCGCCGUCGAGCCGAUUCAGCUCGCCGCUUUCCGGCGAGGACACCCUCAUGAACGUGGGCGCAUCUCGCUUCAAGCCGCAAGCAUCGCCCAAGCGCGCCGCGGGCAAGCGCCAAGUCAAGUCUGCGCGCUCGUUGUACGACGACGACGCUAUGGACGAACACGAGAGCCCCAGACGUGGCGUCGCGGCGAAAGGACGAGGCGGUAAGGGCGCCAAGGGAAAGCGCUCCGCCGAAGCCACACUCCCGAAGAGUGCGCACAAAAAGGCGAAGAGCGUGAGCGAUGCCGAAUCCAACGACGGCGACAUCGGCAAGAAAGGAUCCGGUCGCGCCGCUGGCAAACCCGCCGGUAGAGGUAAACCCGGCGAGAAUGGCACCGGUCGUCGUAGUAAGCAUCACAAUCCUUGGGCACUCGAAGAAGCCGAAGCGCUCGUGCGCGGCGUCGCGCAGUGCGGCGGCGGUAAGUGGGCAGAUAUCAAAAAGCUCGGUUUCACCGCCAUCGAACACCGCACGGCGGUGGAUCUCAAGGAUAAGUGGCGCAACCUCUUACGCAUCGCAAUGUUGCCGCAACAGUCUGUGAAGACCGUGGGCGACAAGAAGCGAGAGAUCCCACAAGAGCUUCUCGCCAAGGUGCGAGAGCUCGCGGCCAAACAGGCCAAGGCCAAAGCGGCGGCGGAGAGCCGGCGAUGAGUUUCCAUCGUCAGCCCUUCAGGACGUCGUCAGCAAAGGCCAAAUUUUCAUUCAUUUGGACAUUUUUUCAAACUGCGGCAAGCAAAAAUUUAGAGAAGGAUUGUUUUGGCUUCCCGAACCCGCGGCGAAGAGCGAACGCUGUACACAACGCCUCGCGAAGGCUCUUCAAAGCGCCAGUCGGAAUGUAAUUCUAUACAACGUGACAUUUUUAUUUAUCCAA